AUGGUUGCGUAUAGCGGCCCCUGGGAGGCGGUAUUCCCCAGGAGUAUCUGGUUUCAGGACAGCAGUUUCGCGAAACCAAGGGAGGACAACGUCGCCAUUAGCGGUACGGACUGUCGCUGGGCCUCCCAAGGCUCCACCGUGUUAGGCAAGAUUGAACCCGAGGGCGUUAAGAUCAUGGCGAAAUAA